GUUUCCACAGAUUCUGUUGGGAAUGACUUAUGGGGGAAAAAAAGCCCCAUUGGAAGGAAUUCUAUUUAGGAAAUCUGAAGACUUUUAUAGCAAAACCUCCAGUGUCAAAAUGAACACAGAUAGCGGUGGGUGUGCUCGCAAACGUGCUGCAAUGUCUGUCACAUUAACAGCUGUGAAGAGAGUUCAGAGUUCUCCAAACCUAUUGGCCUCAGGGUCUGAUUCUCAGUCUCCAGAUUCAGCUUGGAGAUCUUACAAUAAUGGAAGUAGAGAGACACUGAAUGGAGACGCUAGCAGUUCAUCUCUUUCAGCAAAAGGUUUUAGGAGUGUGCGGCCAAAUCUACAGGAUAAAAAAUCACCAACUCAGGCACCUCUGCCACCCCCUAGAAAAGCAAGAGUAACUAAUCACAAGAAUGAAAUUAAUCUCCAGGCAGUAACAGCUGGUCCAGCUAAAUACCAUCCCACAGAUACUGCCUAUUACACUAAUGAGAAGUCUGUUCAGGAGACAAUGUCAUUUCAAAUAUCUAACACAAGUGUGUCCUAUGCACAAAAAAUCAUUAAACCACUGACCUCAAACUCCAGUGCAGGCACAAACACAGUAGCUGGUAUAAGUACUACUUUCCAUCAAGGCCAGAGGCAACAGUCUCAAAAACGUAAGGUAUCUACCCUGAAAUUAACCCGGACACGUGACCCAGCAAGUAGCAUUCAUUGUAAUUCACAGCAACAGCUCGAGCCUGUUGAAGAGCCAGUAUUUCCACAAAGGCCUGUCUCACCUGCCUGUAACCCCAUGCCUGAGAUACACACAGCAUCUCUUUCCAUUCAGAUAGCUUCCUCCCCUGACAAUAAAGCAGAGCCUGAAAUCCAAGAACAUCCACCUAGUAUUUCUCCAGACACUUCAAAGAUGUCUUCAAAGGAUUUGGGACAAAAGUCUACAGUUCUUCCUUCUUCACAGGCUGCAGAAUGCCAUGUGCUUGGAAACCAGAAAGUAACUGCCCCUGUGAUGGAGGUAAAUGCUUCACAGACACACAGACAAACAGCAACAGAAGCUUCUCCACUGCCUCUUCCUUCUCCUGUGGUACCAGUUAACAGAGCCUCUUUCUCACCAGACAGUAGCACCCAUCUAGUACCAUAUUCUUUGCCAACGCUUGAUGAUUUUUUGCCUUCACAUUUUUAUAAAACCCCAGCCCUUUCACAAUUUUCAUAUAAAUGCCCAUACCUAGCUUCUGAAAGUAUUAUCCACAGGAAUGAAACAGCCUCUGUAAGCACAGAUUCUGCCAUGAGUGAGUGCUCCUCCCGCACAGUGAGUGAGUCCUCCACAGCCAUUCUAGAUGAGCUGCAGACUUGUAGCUAUGAUACUACUGACUGCUCUGAAACACCUUCCCCAACCUUGAGCCAGAUGUCUGCUGUGUCAGAUGGCACCACCUUAACCAACACUGCUGCCACUUCUCAUGCUCAGAUCACAGUGAAUGGGAAUUCUGGCACUGCUGCCAGCCCAGUGAGUCACUUUCAAAGGCCUUUUUCCCCUUCUUCAGCUUACCCUCCACCAGCUUCGCUCAAUUCCAACAUUGUUAUCAUGCAGCAUGGCAGGAUGAUGGAGUCCACAGAGACAUACUCACAGCAUGUUCAGAAUGUUGGCAGCAGCACCACCACCAGUACAAUACCAAUCUGUAGAACCUCAGAAGAAGAAAAAAAAAUUACAGUAAUUAAAGCUCCACAUUAUGCAGGGAUUGGCCCGGUAGAUGAAUCUGGAAUCCCUACAGCAAUUAGAACGACAGUUGACAGGCCAAAGGAUUGGUACAAGACAAUGUUCAAGCAAAUCCAUAUGGUUCAUAAACCUGAUGACGACGCAGACUUUUAUAAUACUGCAUAUGCAUACGGUACUGGUAGCUACAGUCCAUCCUUCUCUGCUCAGGCACAUCCAGCUGCAAAGACACAGACGUACAGACCCUUGUCUAAAAGUGCUUCUGACAGUAGCUCCGAUGCCUUUAAGGUCUCGUCCCCUUUACCACCCCCACAUGUGCCACCUCCAGUACCACCACAUCGUCUGAGGCAAAGGUCUACACCAGAAAAAAAUGACUGGGAUCCUCCUGACAGAAAGGUAGAUACUCGCAAGUUCCGUUCUGAACCAAGAAGUAUUUUUGAAUAUGAGCCAGGAAAGUCAUCAAUCCUUGAACAUGAAAGACCGACUGAUCGCAUAAACCCUGAUGACAUAGAUUUAGAAAACGAACCCUGGUAUAAAUUCUUUUCAGAACUGGAGUUUGGACGUCCGCCACCUAAAAAGAUUUUGGACUAUUUUCAAGAGAGUUCUUCUGGUGUUUCCAAUGAGGCUUCCUUAUAUCAUCACUAUUCAACAGACAGAGGCCUGGACAGGCCCUGUAGUUCUGCAAGUACUGCGAGUGACUUCAGAAAGCGAAGGAAGUCAGAACCUGCUGUAAGUCAUCAGAGGGCACACAGUGAUCAGAAUGCAAACAGAUCUAACCUGGGCCGUACAGACAUACAAGGCCCAUGUACCACCCUUAGAAAGCCUUUAACUAGCUCAUCUCCUUCUUCCCCGUCCAGAGCAAAAGGUGGGGAUAUUAGCAAAGUAUAUCCAUCCCUUUUAAGUUAUUCAGUGCACAACCAAAACACCUCAAAUGAAUUAGAUUACUGUAGCACUUACAGGCAACAUUUAGCUGUUCCAAAUGAUUCAAGAAGGGCAAUUAGCUACAAGAAUGGCUGGCAAAUGACUCGCCAAAAUGCAGAAGUCUGGAGCAGCACAGAAGAAAAUGCUUCUCCAAAGAGAAAAUCUCGUAGCUGUGAUGAUCUGUUAACAGAUGAUCGUGAUAGCUUUCCUGAUGCACAGGCCAAGGCUGAAAGCAUGGGCUCUCUGUUAUGUGAGGAGGAUUCCAAAGAAAUUUGCUCAAUGAACUGGAACUCCCCAUAUGUUGAGGGCCGUGGUAGUGGUAGGUCGAGAGUUCGUCACAGAUCUGCACAUGAUGCUCCAGGUUUCCUGAAAAUGUACAAAAAGAUGCACCGCAUCAAUCGCAAGGACUUAAUGAAUUCUGAGGUGAUUUGUUCUGUGAAGUCCAGAAUACUGCAGUAUGAAAAAGAACAGCACAAAGGUAUUCUUCAAGGCUGGAGAGAGUCUUCUACUGAAGAGGUGCCCAGAGACAUGGUGCCAACCAGAAUAUCUGAAUUUGAAAAAUUAAUUCAGAAGUCAAAAUCAAUGCCGAAUCUUGGUGAUGAAAUGUUGUCAACUGCUACAUUAGAGCCUCCUAAAAAUGGCUUGUGUCCAAAGAGGCGAUUUUCUAUCGAGUCCUUGCUGGAAGAAGAAACUCCAGUCAGACAUCCCUCUCAGGUACAACAGAGCUACAAGUCUAAAACCCUGGUGCCAAUUCAUAUUGAAGUGACCAGUGAUGAGCCACAACGAUCACAUAUAGAUUUUUCAGACAGUGAUCAAGAUGGAGUGGUUUCUGAUCUCAGUGACUUUAUCCAGAUAGAGGGUUCAUCCUUUUGUAGUGAAAGUGACUUCGAUCACUUUUCCUUCACAUCAUCUGAAAGCUUUUAUGGAUCAGGCCAUCACCACCACCACCAUCACCACCACCACAGGCAUCUCAUUAGCUCCUGCAAAGGGCGAUGCCCAGCAUCCUACACUCGCUUCACCACCAUGCUAAAACAUGAAAGGGCUAAGCAAGAAACCACUGAAGAUCCAAGGAGACAGGAAGCAGAAUCUGGCCUCUCUAAGAUAGCAUUCCUGGUCAGUCCAGUGCCUUUCCGGAGGAAAAAAAGUGCAGCUCCUAAAAAACAAACCGAAAAGAAAAAAUGCAAGUCAUCUGUAUUUGAAGCACUAGAUUCUGCACUUAAAGACAUCUGUGACCAAAUUAAAGCUGAAAAAAGACGGGGAAGCUUGCCUGACAACAGUAUAUUACACAGACUUAUUACUGAGCUGCUUCCAGACAUUCCAGAAAGGAAUUCAUCUCUUAAAGCUCUGAAAAAGAGUCCCAUGCACCAGCCUUUUCAUCCACUGCCUCAAGAUGGUGCUAUCCAUUGUCCACUGUACCAGAAUGAUUGUGGAAGAUUACCUCUUAGUGCCUCUUUUCCAGACAUGGAUGCAACUAACAACAACGAUAGUGCACUGUGUUUCCAAGUAGACCAGGAGUCUCCUGGAAGCUAUUCUUCUGCUUUCACUGAUGUGGGCCGAUUUACUCCAAGGGAGAGAAGAGGAACUACAGACAAAGAGAAACUGCCAGCUAGAGCUGUAUAUGACUUUAAAGCUCAGACUUCUAAAGAGCUGUCCUUUAAGAAAGGAGAUACUGUCUAUAUCCUCAGGAAAAUUGAUCAAAACUGGUAUGAGGGUGAGCACCAUGGAAGAGUUGGAAUAUUCCCUAUUUCUUAUGUUGAGAAACUUUCUCCUCCAGAAAAAGCACAGCCUGCCAGGCCACCUCCCCCUGCACAGAUUGGAGAGAUUGGAGAAGCUGUUGCCAAAUACAAUUUCAGUGCAGACACAAAUGUGGAGUUAUCACUUAAAAAGGGAGACAGAGUAAUUCUUCUCAAGCGAGUUGAUCAAAACUGGUAUGAAGGUAAAAUACCAGGAACCAACAGACAAGGCAUCUUCCCUGUUUCCUAUGUAGAAGUCAUCAAAAAGAAUGCAUCAAAAAGUGUUGAUGACUAUCCUGAUCCUCCGAUCCCCCAAAGCUAUUCUAGUGACAGAAUACACCAUUUAAGUUCAGCUAAGCCAGCUCUACAUUUUGUGGGAACAUCAGAAGACUCUGAUCCUCCUUUCCACCUUUCUUCUAAUCUUCCACUUCACUCUGCCAAGGCACCUACUUUCCACUCCGUUCCUCCAACAUACCUGUCUAUUGCUUCCCUCCCACCUCCCCUCCUCUCUAAACCGUUACAUCAGCAAGAGAAAGACUCACCACAGUUAAAGGCUAAUUUAAAGAGAGAGAGAUUUGUUAUGGGUAAACCUCCUCGUAGCCCAGUGAUGACUAAGAGAUCCUGCAGCUCACCUGUCAGAGGUCACAGCUAUUCACACAGGCCACAGCGCCCUGUGCUUUCUCAUGAAAACAUACACAGUGGGGGGGAACCGAAUGAAGAUGAAUUGGAGCUCAGAGAGGGAGAUGUCAUUGAUGUGAUGGAAAAAUGUGAUGAUGGAUGGUUUGUGGGAACCUCGAGAAGAACCAAAUUCUUUGGUACUUUCCCUGGAAACUAUGUCAAGAGGCUGUGAAAUUUUUUUUUCUACUUAUUUAUGCUGCAUCUCUGCAACACAUCUGCAUAAAGCUGCUAGAAAACAUGCUACGCUGGCCUUCUGUUUUCUUGCUUGCAGUCUCAAAUAGAGGCCAUCUAGUUCAUCCUCAUCCCAUCCCACCCGCCAAACCGUUCCAGCAGUAUUACAGCAACGACCACAGAGUGAAUAACUAAGCUUUUCUGAGACAAGAGGAAUCAUUUCAGCAUUUAAACACUCCCUGCUUUAAAGUCUUUUUAUGUGAAACACAAUAGGAAAAGCCUGAUGACAGGUACCCAGAGGAAUUGCCAUGGGGGGUGGGGGGAAGGGGGGAAAAACUAUGCUUGGUUAGAACAUUUGUGGUACUACCGUGAAGUCUGGUGGGAUUUUUUCAGCAUGCAUGUAAUACAGGGGAAAGUUGCUGUUUACUAUUUUUAAAAAAAUUGUUUGAGUUUCCACAUUCUUACUAGCUUGGCAGCAUUUUUUGCUUCCACUUGCUGUAUCACGGGUUUGCCUAUUGUACUGGUUUACAAUGUAUGACAAACUAUAAUAUAGAUUGUUUGCCUGCACUUGUAUGCUGUAACAUAUGCACAGUGAUUGUAAAAUCUCAAGCAAGCAUAGUGAAAAAUGGAAGAACUGCAAGUGUUCUGAACGGGUGCAAUGGUAUUGGCUAAAUCUUUUUUUCUUUUUUUCCCCUAACAAACCUGUAGUGUUUUCUGUUAAAAGGUGAGAAGUGAAAAAGGCAAUAAGACUUGGGAAAGAGGAUUUAAGGAAGAGACAGACAGUGGUAUAAGCAUAGACAAUAAUAACCUGCUACUGAUGUCUGAUACUAAAUGGUUGCAAUCAAAAUGUUGUGAUAGUAAGCAACAUGAAAUGUGAGAGGUUAGUGUUUUUACAUAUCAGGAAUUUUAAUAAGCAGAAAGUAAACAGUGUUAGUGCAAUGGGUUGUUGGGUUUGGGGUUUUUUUCCUAACAUAGCCACCUGAAAAAUAUUCACAAGUAUCAUGUACUGAUUUACUUCACUAUAUUUGUAUAUGUAUAUUAAUGAAACCCAAGUUACACAUUCUUUUUAGGAAUUUAGACAGGAAAAAAAGUCACAAGUAUUAAAACCGAUACAUUUUAGAGGUGUUUUUUUUCUUUUUUUUUCCUGAAUGAAACAAAGUAUUUGAAAACAUACAUUUUCCAUAAGCAAAGGUAAGCAUAAAAUUAGCAAAUAAAAUUAAGGCACAGGACGAUAAUGGCUAUGGCUUUAUAAAAUAAAAAUUCAGAUUUGGUUUCUUCAGCACCUUAUAGAUGGCAAAAGCUUCUGCUGCAUUUCUCAUGGGUAAAGGAUCGAAAUUAUCAAAAUGUAUGUAGUCUCUGUAGCAUUUUGUACAUAUGUUUGCUUUUUUGUACAGAGCCAUUUGGUUGUUGAUUUUUAAAAAAAAAAAGUUCCUUAUUUGAUCUUUGCCCUCUUUACAUACAGAACAUUUCAAUGCAUUUUUCUUUUCUUGCUCUGUUUACCAUAAGUACAUCUGGAUAGUGCAAUUCUGUAAGAUAGCAUUUUAUGCAAAAUUUUAUUAAUUAAAAUAUGGUUUACCAGCCAAAUCUAAAUGUACAUAUGUCUUUAUUACUGAGAAAUGUCAUUAAGACAAAGGUAAAGAAACAUCUUUGUGCAGCAUACCUUUAUUAUUGCAGAUUUCAUGGCAAAAGCUUUAUAUUCAAAGGCUUUCAAUUUUAAACUAGAUCUGCAUGCAGCUUUGCUGUGAAAUUAAUACCUAUCUUUGAUGCCAUUUAUGAUUGAAGACUUAAAUAUCUGUUGCCUGUGAUAUUUAAAAAGUACUGUUUCUACUCUGUAUCUGAUUUUAGAAAAAUGCAGGUUUUUCAUACCUGACUUUCAGGUAACUGACUUUGAAUUCCUACAAGCAAAAGGUCUCUGUGGUUUUUCUUUUCUUGAAUAGACUUCUAAUAAAUUUUGCUUGGAGUACACAA